CUCAGCUCGGAUCUGGCCGCCAGAGCCAAGUGCAGCAAGCAAGUUCACCCUUGGAACAGCAUGCAGGCCCCUUCCACAGCCGCAACCGCUCGGUUCUGGGACUUUUGUGUCCUGCUGGAGAAGAUCUCCCGCGUGCCCCCCAAGGCCAAGCGGCUCAAGCUUGACCAGUACAUGGGCGAGUGGCGGGCAACCAAGGGAGGCUUCUAUCCGGCGCUGCGUCUCCUGCUGCCACAAGCGGAUCGAGAGCGAAAUGCCUACGGCAUGAAGCAUGCCACCUUGGCUCUGGUCUAUAUCGAGGCCCUGGGCAUCGCCAAGGCCUCGCCCGAAGCGCAAUCCUGGAUCAACUGGAAGAGUCCGCUGAAGGGCUCGCAGGCUGCCGCAGUCGGCGACUUUGCCCAAAUGGCGGAAGACAUUCUCGCUCCUCGCAGCUCGGUGCACGCUCCAAGCCGACAAUCGAUCGAGGAUGCCAACACAAGCCUGAAUCGUCUGUGCCAAGCCGCCGACAGGAAUGAGCAAAGGCAGAUCAUUGCUGAAAUGAUAGAGAGCUAUUCGCCAAGAGAGCACAAGUGGCUGAUCCGGAUCAUUCUCAAAGAGCUGAAAGUGGGCAUUUCCGAGACCAUCGUCCUUCGGACAUGGCACCCCGAUGCACCCGACCUCUUCAACGUGUGCAGUAAUCUCGAAAAGAUUGCGGCUGAACUCACCGACCCGACCGAGCGUCAGGCGUUCGAAGCGAAAAUCGAGCUAUUCCAGCCGUUCAAGCCGAUGUUGUCGCUGCCAUCGACCCUCGACUCGAUCAAGAAGAUGUUCAACGGGAGCGCUGCCAGCAAGCAUUCCUACACAAUCGAGACCAAACUUGACGGCGAGCGGAUGCUCUGUCACAUGAAGAGGGUUCAGAACGGCAUCGAGUUCAAGUGGUUCUCAAGAAAUGCCACGGACUACACCAAGCUCUAUGGUUCUACAUCCUUGGAGGGCUCCUUGGCAUGUCACAUCUAUGCUUCGUUUUCUUCCCGUGUUCGAGAUGCCAUAUUCGAUGGAGAGAUGAUGGCCUAUGACUCUGAGCUGGAGCGGUUUGAAAGCUUUGGGUCACUCAAGACAGCAGCGCUCGAUGCUUUGCGAAACGGAUUCCAGGCGCGCAAACAUCCCUGCUUCUUCGUCUUUGAUCUCGUCUAUCUCAAUGGCACCUCCAUCGUCGACCAGCCUCUCUCUCAGCGGCGUGGCUUUAUCCAGAAAAUCAUUCGUCCUCGCGAGAGCUGGAUAGAGGUCCUGCCCCACACCCCAGUGGCCUCAGCCGAGGAGGUCAUCGAACAGCUGGAUCUGCGGAUGAUGUGCCAGGAGGAGGGCCUGAUUAUCAAGCGAGAAGACUCUGUCUACACCCCGUCUCAGCGGACAGAAGGAUGCAUCAAGCUGAAGCCCGAGUAUAUGGACCAGCUGUCAGAUGAUCUGGACUUGCUGAUCGUGGCAGCCAAGUUUGGGAGCGGCAAGCGAUCCAAAAAGCUGUCGAGCUUCUUCUGCGCCAUCCGCGAGGAUGCAGCACCAGGAACACCCACGAGUCAGCGGCGGUUCUUGACGUUUUGCCGGUUCGGAUCCGGAUACGAGUACAGCAAGCAGGAGGAGAUUGCACAGGAGGCCCUGGGCCACUGGCGGCCGUACGAUCGAACCCGACCACCUGCGUGGCUCAUCCAUCCUUUCAAGAGCAAGGAGCAGCCCGACAUGGUGAUCGAUCCGCAGCAUUCCCGGAUCGUCCAAGUCAAGGCCUCCGAGAUUGUCAAGACGGAUGUGUACGCCACGGGCUGGACGCUGCGGUUUCCACGGUUCGUGAGCAUACGCCACGACAAGAGCGUUGGCGACUUGAUGUCUCUCGCAGACUUGCACCAGCUGAUGCAGGCCAAUCUGGGGCGACUGCAGACUCGGCGGCGAAUGCUGCAGUCGAGCGACGAUGACGCAUCCUUGGAGCGCUCGAAGCGGCUGCGACGGAGCAUGGCCACGCAUUACAAGGUCGCGGCGCAGUAUCUCGGCAUCGACACCAGCCAAGUCGCCGUCAAGGAGCCCAUAUUCGAGGGCAUGGAGUUUUGUGUGCUUCCGAGUCUGGAUCUCAAAGGCGGCAAGGCCGAGAUCGAGCUUGUGGUCGCUGAGCACGGCGGCACCGUAGUGCAGAAUCCCAUGUACGAAACCAACUACGUGAUUUCGGACCAUUUUGGGCUCAAGGCAAACAACAUUCGGCAGUCAAACCGAUUCAACAUUAUCAAGGCCAAGUGGAUCCUGGACUGCAUUGAAGCCAAGGAGCGGUUGCUUGUUGGUCACAAAUACUUGCUUCAUGCGACCCCGCAGAAGCUGAGGGAGCUCAAGCAGUCUAGCGACCAGUACGGAGACAGCUAUACGGAUGAUGUGGACAGCGAGACCCUUCAAGCGAUCUUUGGCGGCAUGCGGGCGCUCGAUAACAGCACUUUGAGUUCUGCGGAGCGCUCCCAUCUGGUCAGCCAUGUCGAGUCCUACUACUUUCCUCUGAGUGCCCCAGGGCAUCGCCUCUUUGCCACAGCCGUGGUGUACAUCCACAAAUUCACGACUCUGCGGAUCGCCCGAUCGCUUGUCGACGAUCGUGCUCUUGAAAGUCGGACGCCAUCGCACUUGACGCUCAUUCCCGAUGGCGCUGACACCGACGCGGAUGCGCUGGUGCACAACGAGGAUUCGAUUCUGCGCUUUGGCGAGAUCUUGGUGACGGCCAAUGGCGGCCUGACAGUCGGCGUCCUGACCAGGGACGUGACCCACAUUUUGUUUGAACGGGCCCUCGAUGAGCCCCGGGCGAGUUUUGAGACACGGCGGCAGUGGAACGAGCGACUGAGGAUGGUGCUGGAGGGCCUUGCCGUUUGCAACAACCGGCUGCAAGGUCGACCGCAUCUUGUCACGAUGGACUGGGUCGACGAGGCCCUCAAGCCAGUCGAUGGGGAUCUGAGAUUGGUGCUGCCGAUCGAGAAGCCGUUUGAGCCGCGGCUGUGUUCCUGAUCGAAGCGAGGCGGGUCUGUCGCAGUGGCUGCCCGGGUGAGACGGGCAUGGCCAGGGAAGCUUCAAUACAGCCCACACUCUUCGGAGUCUUGCAAGC